UUCUUCAUUUCAUUUCAUCUCGAUUUCGCUUGAUUUAAUUAUUAAUCUUCGAACGAUUAAAUUGGAUUUUAUUUUUUUAUUUCUCUGAGCAGAUUUUCAGAGCUUGUUUUGUUUUGUUUUGUUUGUGUGAGUGUUAUUAAUGGCGAGUGUGUGCUAUGGGGGAGAAACCAAGACGUCUACACCAGUAGAGCCGAGCUCUAAGUCGGCGAGGAAGAGGCGAAUGGAGAUUCACCAGUUCAAUUUUGUUCCGGCGGAUGUGGCGGUUAUGUCGCCGGAGAGUGGCCGGAAAAGCCAGAAGCGGGAGGCGUCUAGUUUGGACGCGAAUUCUCGGGAAGCGGAAGCUGAGGAGUUCCAGAAAAAAUGUUUGAAUGUGCUUGAAUCGGACUCGGAAGGAUCUAAAUCGGAUCCUGAGGUCAAAUCGGCGGGUCCGAAGUUUGGAUUAACGUCUGUUUGUGGACAGAGGCGUGAUAUGGAAGAUGCGGUGGCGAUUCAUCCGUCGUUCUCCGGUGGAAGUCACUUUUACGGCGUUUACGACGGUCACGGCUGCUCACAUGUUGCGAUGAAGUGCAAAGAGCGAAUGCACGAGAUUGUGAAGCACGAAGUCGAGAAUCGAACCAACGAAGAGGAGUGGCUCGAAACAAUGACGAAGAGCUUCUCGAAAAUGGACGAAGAAGUCACUGAAUGGAGCCGAAAUUCUGGACAGUUAAGUCCUAACUGUCGCUGCGAGCUUCAAACUCCUCAGUGUGACGCUGUUGGAUCAACCGCUGUUGUUGCGCUUGUGACCGAGGACAAAAUUAUCGUGUCGAAUUGCGGUGAUUCGCGUGCGGUGAUUUGCCGUGGUGGCGUUGUCACUCCUCUGUCUAAUGAUCAUAAGCCUGAUAGACCGGACGAGUUGAAACGGAUUGAGGAUUCUGGCGGACGUGUUAUAUACUGGGAUGGUGCUCGUGUUCUCGGCGUUUUGGCCAUGUCUAGAGCAAUCGGUGAUAAUUAUUUGAAGCCCUAUGUGAUCUCAGAACCGGAAGUAACCGUGAUAGAUCGAACCCCUGAGGACGAGUGUCUCGUAUUAGCGAGCGACGGACUCUGGGACGUGGUGUCCAACGAGACCGCUUGCGGCGUGGCCCGAAUGUGUCUAAGCGCCAAGAAGCCGAAGUCGCCGCCGCGGACACCAGGGAACGAAAUAAGCGUAUCCGCGGCGUGUGAGAGCUCUGAUAAGGCAUGCUCCGACGCAUCAAUUCUGUUGACCAAAUUAGCCCUGGCGAGGCACACUGCAGAUAAUGUCAGUGUUGUGGUGGUGGAUUUGAGGAAAGAUUUGUAGCGAACAUUGCAAUUUAGUUUCGUUAAUCAAAGAAAAUUAAAAUUAAGUUGACACCAGAUAGAAUGAUAUAUCAGGACUUGGAGCGGGUACAAGUGAUAGUUUUGGAGGCAUUGAAAAAUUGUUGAAAAGUAUAAGAGCAAGUCCAAGAGUGCCCUAAAUUGAUGUCCUAAAUCAAAAUUUAAGGCAUUUGAAGCAAAAUGGUGCUCCAACAAUGUCCUAGUGGUGCCUUAAAACACUAGGACAUCUAACAAAAGCCUUAUUUUUGAGGCACAAUCAUGCAAUGCCCUAAACCAAUUCUAGCAAUAAAAUAUUAGCUUAUUCUCAUUCCAACACAUCUCUCUCCUAUCUUCUUUUCAUUUCCCUCCAACAAUAAUUCAAAUAUAUUAUUACUUUAAUAAUAAGGCAUAAUAAUAAGGCAUAUUGUUGGAGUUGGUAUACUAAAAUGAUGUCCUAAAUCACUAGGACACAAUUUUUUAUUAUAUUUAUAGGGCAUUGGCUAGGACAUUGUUGGACUUGCUCUAAGUACUAGUCGAACACGAUGCCUUGAAUGCCAUGCAUUUGUAUCUGUAUCUAGCUUUAGAUCAAGAUCUGGUUGUUGAAAAAGUACAUAUAUAUGAAAUCAAUUCAGACACCUCAAAGAUUGUUUGAUUCAUUUCCAA